AUGGGAUCAGACACAAAGCCGCUCGUGCUUCUCGGAUGUACACCGAUCCAAGGCCAUGUAAUGCCAAUUCGGAUAAUUGCAAAGGAACUCAUUCAACGGGGAUAUGAUGUGACGAUAGUCUGUGCAAGCUUCUGGCGCAAAGCGUUUGAGGAUAUCGGCUGUAACUUCGUAGCCGUUAAAGGGUAUGGCGACUGGCACGACGGAGAGCUUCAUACACGAUGGCCUGAAAGGAACUCGCUGCCUCCAGGACCUGUGCAGCUGGCCUCUGACAUUGAGAAUUGCUUUGUCAAGUCAAUGCCUUCUCAACACGAAGCGAUGCAAGAAGCUAUGAAGAUGCUCACCGAGAAGCACCCGGGAAGACCCAUUGUACAAGUCUCCGAGAGUGUAUUUGAAGGCGGCCUUCCUAUCUGCAGGGGGGCUCCUGGCAUAAAGCCAGCAGGGACACUCGGAAUCGGUCUUAUCCCUAUGACCUUGUCGAGUAUUGACCUGCCUCCGUUCGGUCCCGGCCUUCCUCCCGACAAUACACCAGAAGGUCGAGAAAGGAAUAAAGCAAUGACAGAACAUAUGCAAAAGAUUCUUCUCGCCGCGCCGCAGAAAGCGUUUGUGGAAUGCUUGGAACAAGUGGGCGCCAAAGCUGAUAGGUUCCUUUUGGACGCUAUGUACCUUUACCCCGAUCGCUUUUUACAGAUGUGCUCUCCUCAUGCCGAGUAUCCCAGAAGCGACGCUCCCUCGAGUAUUCAAUUCGCGGGUGGGCUUGGUAAAGGCAAACGCGACGACGCUGAGAAGCCUGUUUGGUGGCAAGAAGUUGUGAACAACAAGGACAAGAAGAUCGUAGCCAUCUCCCAAGGAACUCUUGCUGUGAAUUUCGCCGAGCUGACCGUUCCAACCAUGGAGGCUUUCAAGGACCGUGACGAUAUCCUCGUAGUCGUUGCUCUCGGCAAAAAGGGGGCUUCGCUCCCGGAGGGUGUUUCCGUACCAGUCAAUGCUAGAGUCGCAGAUUUCAUCCCCUUCGAUGAACUCCUGCCUCACUCUUCUCUCUUUAUCACCAAUGGCGGCUAUGGUGCAUUCCAGCACGCUAUCUCCAACGGAACACCAAUUAUUGUCGCUGGUGCCACUGAAGAUAAACCCGAGGUGGCUGCCAGAGCUGAGUGGUCUGGCAUUGGUAUCAAUCUCCGAACCGCCGCGCCAACACCAGAAGCUAUUCACACUGCUGUGGAUGAGAUCUUGGGGAACCCGAAGUAUAAGAAGAGGGCUUUGGAGUUGGAGGCUGAGAUGGCAUCGUUUGACCCGAUAGGCGUCGUUGCAAAGACUAUUGAUGAGCUUGCUGCUGGAGCGCAUUGA